CUCUCAGCGCAUAAUUUGGCCAAACAAAAAUCAAAGUCAGUUGAAAGACUUAAAGAAGAACUGCAUUUAAGCGCAAUUAAGAGCUACUUAAGAGCCAAAAUGGAUGCUAAAAAUAAAGCUUAUUGCCUUAUAUGCCGAAGAAAUUAUGUAUGCGCGUUCUUUUGUACUUUCUUCACACAGCAAACUGGGUAUAAAAAUUGUGUGAACUCGGUUCCUCAGCAUAUUUGUUAAGCCAGAGGCAAGCGAGCAACAACCAAGGCGUGAAACUCAAAAAUGUUCCGAUACCUCUCUUUUGCAGCAUUGCUCGCAGUUGCGUGCGCCGCACCCGUUGACGAGCAGUUGAUGGUUACCGAGCCCAUUAUGGAGCUGCGCGCGAUGGACAAUAUGGGGGCGGUUGUUGUGCCAGAAAUGGAAAUGGAGCCACGUGUGCCCGUUAUCGGCAUCAUGGAUGCGGCACUGCAGCAAUCCACCGACGGCGCUUACAAUUUCCAUUAUCGCGGCGAGGAUGGCUCGUUUCGACAGGAGAGCGCUGUAGUCAUCAACCCCGGCACCGAAUAUCAAUAUCUGAAGAUCAGUGGCAGCUAUUCGUACUUCGACGCCAACGGCAAGGAGGUGGUGGUGCAUUAUAGUGCCGACGAUCGCGGCUUCGUGCCCGAGGGCAAUAACAUAAUGCCGCAGAUUUCGUCGGCGGCGAAGAUGAAUAGCCAACUGCCGCGUGUGGUGGAGAAGCCGAGACCACAAGAGCAGCAAGUCGAGAAUGUACCGAAUGUUCCACAUGUUUCGCAAGUUCCAUAUGUUUCGCAAGUACCACAUGUUUCGCAAGUACCACAUGUUUCCCAGGUACCAGCUAUGGGCAGCGUUUGGAAUGGCCAAAUUAUGCAGGUGUAAACGCUGAGUAGUUGUUUACUUAUGUAAAUUCGAAUUCGGUUAAGCGAUAAAUUAUGAAAUGUACGCUUUAGGUGUGGACCUUUUUGUUUUUACUUAAUUUAAUUUAUUUUAUUUUUUUUUAUUUUUUUUUCAUUAUUUUUUUAUGUUUCUUUUUAAGUUGAGUUUAGCAUCUACUUGUAUUGCUGCAAAUGAGAAUAAAAAGACUUUUCACCACGAUCGCUUGCGUUGUUCAAUAUCUGUUGCAUACUUUUAGGCGCUGUGAUCGGUAAAAACUUGGGUUUGACAGAGAACAUAGAAGACUUUAUCUGCUUA